AUGUUACAAGACAACUACAAACAAUGUCAAUCUGAUCAUAUUCUGUUUGUAAAAAUUGCUCCUGAUAAGAAUAAGUCAAUAUUGAUUGUCUCCGUUGAUGAUAUCAUUAUCACGGGUGAUGACUUGGUAGAAAUCAAGAAGUUGAAGACAUUACUAGCAAAAGAGUUUGAAACCAAAGAUUUAGGAACUUUGAGAUAUUUUCUAGGCAUGGAAGUAGCGAGAUCACGAGAAGGAAUUGUCAUAAAUCAAAGAAAAUAUAUUCUAUACUUACAUUCUGAAACUGGAAUGACUAAUUGUAAGCCUUCAGAAACUCCUAUAGAAGUUAACUUGAAAUUGAGUAAAUACGGAAACCUGGUAAACAAGGAACAUUAUCAGAGGCUAGUUCGUAAACUCAUUUAUUUAUCUCUAACUAGACCUGGCAUUGCUUUUUCUGUUAGCAUUGUUAGUCAAUACAUGAAUGAUCCAAGAGAAGAACAUCUAGCGACAGUUAAUCGAAUAUUAAGAUAUCUAAAGAUGACACCAGGAAAUAGGUUGGUUUUCAGAAAACAUGAAGACAUAACAGUUAAAAUCUUCUCAGAUUCAAGUUGGGCUGGAGAAUUAACAGAUAGAAGGUCGACCACAGGAUACUGCUCAUUUGUGUGGGGAAACCUAGUGACAUGGAGAAGCAAGAAAUAA